UAUUCUAUGGAAAUGGACCGCUGUGUAGUUUUCUUGUUCUUAGUGUGUUCUGUGGUGUUGUGCGAGGAAUGUGUCAUUUUCGAUUUCGAAACCGACAUCGAGGAUUCGUUUACGCAUGAUGAAAAAACUUGUCCUAACUUGGAGAUGUGGAAUGUGGGCAAUUAUAGGGAUAUAGAAUUGGAUGCACCGCACCCAAAAUCAACACAGUAUUUUUAUCCCGAUGUAACGUCUAGUUGUGCUGUGUCCAGGCAAAUUCCAAUGGAGGAACUUGGAAUACUGGAAUUAAAUUUUUAUUUUGAUUCCAAAUCUGGUGGUGAUCAUUUAUUAGUAACAGUUUCAACGAUUGGUAGCGUUACUGUAGGAAAUAUAUUCAUCACACCUCAGAACCCACUGGUAAGAGGUUGGCGUAGCGAACGAGUAACGUUAACAGGGACUGGCAAAUACAUGGGCUUUAUAACGGUCGUGGGAAGUGCGGCAUCGGAUUCAAUUAUUUUAAUAGAUUCAUUUAGAUACCUGUCACCUUCAUCUAAUGAAGAAAACUGUAAUAUAUACGCGGAGCAAACAACAACGACAAUAAUAACUACAGAGAGUACACCAAUUACACCAUCGACUUCAACUUAUUACCCAGAUGUAGUAACCACGGGUUCCACCAAUGCAACAGAUACCAUUACAACAGGUAGCACCGAAAUAUCUACAACCACUGAUGUUAUAACUACGCAGGAUACAACUACGCAAUCUGCGACAACGGAUAAUUCAAAUAUUUCUUCAACUGAAACACCCUAUACUACAGACAGCGUUAUAACAACAGGUAGCACCGAAAUGUCCACAACAACUGAAGUUAUAACUACGCAGGAUACAACUACGCAAUCUUCGACAACGGAUAAUUCAAAUAUUUCCUCAACUGAAACACCCUAUACUACAGACAGCGUUAUAACAACAGGAAGCACCGAAAUGUCCACAACAACUGAUGUUAUAACUACGCAGGAUACAACUACACAAUCUUCGACAACGGAUAAUUCAAACAUUUCCUCAACUGAAACACCCCAUACUACAGACAGCGUUAUAACAACAGGUAGCACCGAAAUGUCCACAACAACUGAAGUUAUAACUACGCAGGAUACAACUACGCAAUCUUCGACAACGGAUAAUUCAAAUAUUUCUUCAACUGAAACACCCUAUACUACAGACAGCGUUAUAACAACAGGUAGCACCGAAAUGUCCACAACAACUGAAGUUAUAACUACGCAGGAUACAACUACGCAAUCUUCGACAACGGAUAAUUCAAACAUUUCCUCAACUGAAACACCCUAUACUACAGACAGCGUUAUAACAACAGGUAGCACCGAAAUGUCCACAACAACUGAAGUUAUAACUACGCAGGAUACAACUACGCAAUCUUCGACAACGGAUAAUUCAAAUAUUUCCUCAACUGAAACACCCUAUACUACAGACAGCGUUAUAACAACAGGAAGCACCGAAAUGUCCACAACAACUGAUGUUAUAACUACGCAGGAUACAACUACACAAUCUUCGACAACGGAUAAUUCAAACAUUUCCUCAACUGAAACACCCCAUACUACAGACAGCGUUAUAACAACAGGUAGCACCGAAAUGUCCACAACAACUGAAGUUAUAACUACGCAGGAUACAACUACGCAAUCUUCGACAACGGAUAAUUCAAAUAUUUCUUCAACUGAAACACCCUAUACUACAGACAGCGUUAUAACAACAGGAAGCACCGAAAUGUCCACAACAACUGAUGUUAUAACUACGCAGGAUACAACUACACAAUCUUCGACAACGGAUAAUUCAAACAUUUCCUCAACUGAAACACCCCAUACUACAGACAGCGUUAUAACAACAGGUAGCACCGAAAUGUCCACAACAACUGAAGUUAUAACUACGCAGGAUACAACUACGCAAUCUUCGACAACGGAUAAUUCAAAUAUUUCCUCAACUGAAACACCCUAUACUACAGACAGCGUUAUAACAACAGGAAGCACCGAAAUGUCCACAACAACUGAUGUUAUAACUACGCAGGAUACAACUACACAAUCUUCGACAACGGAUAAUUCAAACAUUUCCUCAACUGAAACACCCCAUACUACAGACAGCGUUAUAACAACAGGUAGCACCGAAAUGUCCACAACAACUGAAGUUAUAACUACGCAGGAUACAACUACGCAAUCUUCGACAACGGAUAAUUCAAAUAUUUCUUCAACUGAAACACCCUAUACUACAGACAGCGUUAUAACAACUGGUAGCACCGAAAUGUCCACAACAACUGAAGUUAUAACUACGCAGGAUACAACUACACAAUCUUCGACAACGGAUAAUUCAAACAUUUCCUCAACUGAAACACCCUAUACUACAGACAGCGUUAUAACAACAGGAAGCACCGAAAUGUCCACAACAACUGAUGUUAUAACUACGCAGGAUACAACUACGCAAUCUUCGACAACGGAUAAUUCAAAUAUUUCCUCAACUGAAACACCCUAUACUACAGACAGCGUUAUAACAACAGGUAGCACCGAAAUGUCUACAACAACUGAAGUUAUAACUACGCAGGAUACAACUACACAAUCUUCGACAACGGAUAAUUCAAAUAUUUCCUCAACUGAAACACCCUAUACUACAGACAACGUUAUAACAACAGGUAGCACCGAAAUGUCCACAACAACUGAAGUUAUAACUACGCAGGAUACAACUACACAAUCUUCGACAACGGAUAAUUCAAACAUUUCCUCAACUGAAACACCCUAUACUACAGACAGCGUUAUAACAACAGGAAGCAACGAAAUGUCCACAACAACUGAUGUUAUAACUACGCAGGAUACAACUACGCAAUCUUCGACAACGGAUCAUUCAAAUAUUUCCUCAACUGAAACACCCUAUACUACAGACAGCGUUAUAACAACAGGAAGCACCGAAAUGUCCACAACAACUGAUGUUAUAACUACGCAGGAUACAACUACACAAUCUUCGACAACGGAUAAUUCAAAUAUUUCCUCAACUGAAACACCCUAUACUACAGACAGCGUUAUAACAACAGGUAGCACCGAAAUGUCCACAACAACUGAAGUUAUAACUACGCAGGAUACAACUACGCAAUCUUCGACAACGGAUAAUUCAAAUAUUUCCUCAACUGAAACACCCUAUACUACAGACAGCGUUAUAACAACAGGAAGCACCGAAAUGUCCACAACAACUGAUGUUAUAACUACGCAGGAUACAACUACGCAAUCUUCGACAACGGAUAAUUCAAAUAUUUCCUCAACUGAAACACCCUAUACUACAGACAGCGUUAUAACAACAGGUAGCACCGAAAUGUCCACAACAACUGAAGUUAUAACUACGCAGGAUACAACUACACAAUCUUCAACGACGGAUAACUCAAACACUUCAAGCACAACCACGACUCCAAUAACUCCUCCACCAGUUGAUCCAAAAUAUCAAUUUUGGAAUCCAUUCACUAUAACGAUGGUAAUAUUUUUAAUUUUAAUAUUCCUUAUACUUAUCGCUGUCGUUAGUUAUUAUAUUGGACGAUCUAAACGACGAAAGUACUCUGAACUCGAUUUUCCAGAUGACGAAAGUUUACCAAGAUCUUUAACAAUACCCAGGGUAUCAAAAGUUCUUACUGAACCAUUUACUAUAAGUAAAUUAGCUGCAAUUCAUAAAAUAAAUGAUAAUUUUUCUAUUAAAUAAUAAACGAUUGUUAUUUCUGUGUAGGUAGAUACCAAUUUUAAUAUUUAUUUUCCUGUAAAAAAUUAAGUUUAAGGUAUAUUUUAUAAGUAACCCCGAAAUACUCGAACUAGUAUGUUUAGUUUUCAUAAGAUAGUUAGUGAAUAUUUUAAGUUGGUAAACAAUAUGUCUUUAAAUUAAUAAAUAAUUGUGAUAUUAUCGACAAUAUAUUUUAGGCCCAGAUUUUAUCCUCAAACCUGGUUAUCAAGAAUGUGAUAUCUCCGAUAGCAGAUUUUUAGAUAACAAUUGUUAAAGACAAAUAACCAAAAAAAAAUUCAUUAUUGAUAAUGUAUAUACAUGAUCAUAUUAUUAUAUACCACCGCCAUUACAUAUUUUGUAUAUAAGGUUUCAUUUAUAUUAACGAUGGCAAACCAAGGUUUUAAGGUUUGAACACAUUACUCCUAAACAAGUUAUUGUGUGUAACUAAACAACAAUUAUAUGUCCGUGGUUUUAAAACAGUCGGAUUUUUCACGAACAUAUACAUUUGUUAAUCAAUUUUAAUCGCACGGUGAUAACGAUAGGGAUAGGAUAAAGGCACAAUGCUCAUCAUAAUCCGAUUACUCAUUUGACGUUGACGCUGAAAUGGUAAAAAAUGCAAUUAAAUGUACUAAAGAUUGUCAUACCUACAGUGUUACUAAUUAAUUUAUUGUUAUGUAUUUUAAAAAAGAUAUUGUCUGCACUUUAAUUGUAUUGAA